CGGGAAAUUGAGCAAUGUCGGACGGCGACGAAGGCGACUGGGAAACUCCGCGCAAACUGUUCGUAGGCGGUGUCAGCUACGACGCAGACGAUGAGGCGCUAAAAGCAGCUUUCGAACAGUUUGGAGAGAUCGUCGAUUGCGUUGUGAUUAUGGAUCCUCACAGCAAGAGGUCACGUGGUUUCGGAUUCGUGACGUUUCACGAUAAGGAUUCGAUUCAGAAAGUGUUUGACUGUCGUCCGAUUAAGGUCGAAGGUCGUUAUGUCGAAGUGAAGAGAGCAGUGCCAAGGCAUGAGACGAGUACUGUUCCUCUUAAGGGGGCAACCAAGAAAGCGUUUGUCGGGGGUAUUCCACCGUCUGUGAAUGAAGACCAACUUCGUAAAAUAUUUGAACAAUUUGGACCAGUCACCAGCAUCGAUAUCAUGCGCGACAAAGAGGGCCAUUCACGCGGGUUUGCAUUCGUCGUCUUCGAAGACUGCGAGGCAGUCGAGCGUGUUGUCAGACAACAAUUCAUUGAUAUCGAUGGCAGAAAAGCCGAAUGCAAACGAGCCGAACCCUUCGGUUCUAUCCAACCAACACGAUCUCUUGAGAAAAACCGUAGAGCCAACGACAGAUACGUACGUGAUCACAGCGGACAGUACGAGAACCCCGGCCCGUAUAAUCACCCAAUGGGUCGUGGCAUGCAAUACAACGAUAUGGGUGGAUCAGACAGCUACGGAAGUGGCUUUAAUCCAGGAAUGGGAGCCGCUGGUGGAUUUGGAAACAGUGGAUUUGGUAACCCUGCAUUCAUGAAUCCAGGAUUUGGAAACACUGGAUUUAGAAACCCGGGAUUCGGAAAUCCCGGGUUCGGAAACCAGGUGUUUGGAAACCCUUCGUUUGGAAACACCGGAUUUGGAAACACGGGAUUUGGAAAUGCAGGGUUUGGAAACAUGGGGUUCGGAACAACCGGGUUCGGAAACUCGGGAUUUGGAACACCCGGGUUUGCGACAGCCGGAUAUGGAGCUAACGCUGGGUUUCCAACCCAAGGAAUGGGAGGCAUGGGAGGCAUGGGCAGCACCGGUGGUACCGGACUGCCCACCAAUCCUGUAACCCCCGCUGCCGCUUCUGCCCUGCCUACCAGUCUGGGAUCGGCCACGUUUCCUGAUAUGUACUCGUCUGGUUUUAACCGUGGAGCUGGACUGGACGGUACGAACAUGGGAAGUGUGGCUGCAACGACUGAUGUAGCAGCACAGCUGGCAGCGAUGGGCGGCUAUAACUCGCAAGCGUCGAGUUUUGGGCCAACCAGAGCAUAUCAUCCUGGCCAAGUUGGAGUCGGACUUGCAGGAGGGGCAACAGGAGGGGCUGUGGCACCAACUGGGAUGGGUAUGGGAGCGACAGGAGUGAAAGGAAUUGGUGGAAUGGGGGCGAGCGCCGGAGCUCACAAUUUUAGCAACAUCACGCCCGCUAAGCCGUCGUUUCAUCCGUAUACUCGUUGGCUUCAGUAUAUUGUGAUAGACACGUGCUGUGCUAUAAAACUAUUAGAAGAAAUUAGGACAACAGACAGUCAGUUGGAUAGUGCAAGAGCUAGAGCAAGGAGUAGAAGCAGAGAUGGACCCUCAGAUGAACAAACUCCUUCAUUCAAUAACGUAACUAAACGUCACGUGAUUAAACGUCUUGCCACAUACGGGCUUUAUUAUAAUACGGGAAUUUCUAAAAUGGCGAAGAAGGGCGAGAAUGAGUGGGAGGCGAAUCGAAAAGUCUUCAUCGGAGGUUUAAAAUUAGAAACGACUGAAGACGAGUUGGAAGCAGCUUUCGGAUGUUUUGGCGAGAUCUACGACCACGUGGUGAUUAGAGAGUCUGAAACAAGACGGUCACGAGGUUUUGGUUUUGUGACUUUUGAAAAACCCGAAUCUGUUCAGGCGACUCUUGAUGCUCGUCCAAUUCAGAUAAGUGGUAAAACUGUCGACGUGAAGAGGGCUGUUCCAAGGAGUGAAUCAGUAAGCACAACUCCACCGGAAAUCAAAACACAAAAGCUGUUUAUUGGUGGCAUACUUACCAGCACAACAGACGAGCAACUGAGAGAAGCAUUCACUCAAUAUGGAAAGAUCAACAACGUUGACAUCAUGAAGGACAAAGACGGUCACUCGCGCGGAUUCGCUUUCGUUGUAUUCGAAGAGUGCGAAUCUGUCGAACGCAUCGUGCAGCAACGCUACGUCACCAUCAACGGCAAGAGCGUCGAGUGCAAACGCGCCGAACCAUUCGGAUCGCUUCCAUCAUCAAGAUCACGCAGAUCACAAGACGACAUGCCUUCAUACGAUCGCCCGUCCAGAGGCCGUGGAGGAAGAGGCCGCGGAGGCCGAGAUAGUCACAAUGGAAGAGACAGAUUCACUGGUGCAUUCACCAGGUAUCCCACCGAUCCGUACGCCAUGGGGGCUCGAGGCUUCGAAAGUGAGGGAUACAGUUACUACGAAGGAGGCGGCUACCCGGAUAGCUACGAAAGCAGGAGUAGAGGAUUCGGUGCAUCAAGCUACCCGACACGCGGAUACAGAGAAAGCGGAGCCGGUUACAGUGGCAGCUAUAGUGGAGGGAGCUACAGUGGCGGUGCAUACGCCGGGAGUGGUUACUCACCGGGUCGUACCACCGCCGUCGGUGGCAACUACGGUAGCUCAUCCUACCAGGAUUAUUACUCAUCAGGAUAUCCGGGACGAGGUGGCGGCUACGAGGGCUCGUCGACCGGCAGUCAGUACUCGUUCGGAAAGUAUGACGUUGAGCCGUCGAGUUUUGGUCCGAUGAGAGGCUACACCGGAAGCAGUGGAGGAUCUGGGGGGUUGCUCGGUCGGCCCGGAUAUCAACCGUACUCUCACUGAGUGCCUAGGGACGAGGAAUUCGAAGCACUAAAGGCAGGAACAGAACGCAUCGGAGGCAAACUGCAUGUUGUAUUAGUGAGGUGUCGUAGUCUAGUGUGUUAGUCUGUAGUCGUUUAGCAAUGAUGAGUCUCUCGCUGACAAAUA